AUGGCGGCUAGGUAUUGGUGUCACAUGUGUUCACAAAUGGUGAAUCCAAUCAUUGACGCCGAGAUCAAAUGCCCAUCUUGCCAAAGCGGGUUCGUCGAGGAGAUGAGCGGUGAGAUAAAUGGCGGAGGCAGCAGCAGCCUAAGGGAGGCUCAAGACCAAGAUAUCGAUUUCGGUACAGACCGUGCAUUGUCUCUAUGGGGUCCAAUCUUGCUUGGAAUGAUGAGCAAUCCUCGUAGACGCAGAAGGUUUAGGAGGACAGAGUCUGGUGUGGACAACGAUGAGGUCAAUGUUGCUGCUGAUGUUGAUGAAGAUGUCAUCAGCAAUGUCGAUAAUCAUCAUCAUCGUCGUCGUCUUCAUCGCCACAGGCAGCACGGUGGAGAGAUUGAUUUAGACAGAGAGUUUGAGUCUAUCCUUAGGAGGAGAAGGAGAAGCUCAGCUGUCAUAUUGCAGUUGCUUCAGGGCAUUCGUGCAGGGAUCAAUUCCGAGUAUCAGGGCUCGGACCGGAACCCGUUUACUCAGUCAGCUGGUUUGAAUCAAAACCAGAACAGUACUUCUCUUUCUGCAAUUGGAGAUUACUUUGUUGGACCGGGGUUAGACCAACUGCUUGAACACCUAGCUGAGAAUGAUCCGAUCAGGCACGGGACUCUUCCAGCACGAAAGGAAGCCGUGGAGAAUCUCCCAACGGUUAAGAUAUGUGAGCCAUUGCAGUGCUCGGUUUGUUUGGAUGAUUUUGACAAGGGAAGUGAAGCUAAAGAGAUGCCCUGUAAGCACAAGUUCCACCUCCGGUGUAUAGUACCGUGGCUCGAGCUUCACAGCUCGUGUCCCGUGUGCCGGUAUGAACUCCCACCUGACGACGAGAUGAAGGUUGAUUUGGUAAGACCGAGAACAAGAACUCUAGAGAUCAACGUGAGUAAUGAGAAUGUGGAAGAUGAUGCAAGGAAUGGUAAUGGGAGCGAGAGAAGGUUCUCUUUUCCAUGGCCGUUCAGCGUAUUAUUCUCUUCAUCCUCUUCGUCAUCCGCAUCGGCAUCAGGUUCGUCUCAGCACAAUGAGAACUCUUAUUCAGGAUAG